AUGCCAGCAGCUACCCCUAAAAGCAACCGGGUCAAGCCAGCACCAAAUACGUCAGAAAAGAAAAAGUCAGCUCAAAGUAGUCUUUUAAACUUCUUUUCAAAAACUCCAACUCCUAAAAAAACCUCUAAACUAGCAUCUCCUACUAAAUCAGACAAAAAACAAUCACAAUCAAACUUCAAGGCUCCUUCAGAGCUCACAAAUACCCAGCUUAAUGCAUCGCCACCCAAGGCACUGACUGACAAGCCAAAACUAGAACCCAUCCUAAGCAAGGAAAACAUUCCUAAAAGUCCAUCUAUCGACUCUAUUCCUACUGAUAAUACACUCUAUGACCCUGGAUCUCUGUUAAAUUCUAUAUCCUCAUCUCAGGAGACAGCUCAUAGUCCUACCAAGCGCACACGAAGCAAAGGUAUUUCGUAUGCAGAAUCAAGCGAUGAAGAAGAAGAAGAAAAUCAAAUUGUUUCUCCUACCAAAAGCAAGAGAAGAAAGAUUGCUCUAGAAGAAGCUUCUGAUGACGAAUACCAACCAAAUGCAGAUGCCACAAUCGUCAAUGAAAAUGACAAUGAAAAUGACGACGAUGAUAUGGAUGAUUUUGUGGUUCCAGACGAUGCUUCUGAUGACGACAUGCCACUCAGAUCUAGACGGAAAUCUUCUCCUACCAAGUCACAGCGCCCCAUUUCUACACCAAAAUCUACAAAAUCGACUAGCAAUGCUCUUGAAAAGUUUUCUUCAAGCUCAUCAUAUACUGCUUCUCCAGGAUCCAAUCUUUCAAAAACUCCCAAACGGGAGGAUUCCAAGCCUUCUAAACACUCAACUUUCCAAAAGAAGAAUGAAGAGCGCUACCAAUGGCUCAUUAAUAUCCGUGAUGCUGAUGGUAAUCCUGAAGAUUCCCCAGAAUACGAUCCUCGCACUAUUUUCAUUCCUAAAUCUGCAUGGGCAACAUUUACACCUUUUGAAAAACAGUACUGGGAAGUGAAGUCUAAAAUGUGGAACACUGUGGUUUUUUUCAAAAAGGGCAAAUUCUACGAGCUUUAUGAAAACGAUGCAGAUAUUGCACACAGCACUUUUGACCUAAAGCUUGCAGGUGGUGGCCGCGCUAAUAUGCGUCUUUGCGGUGUUCCUGAAAUGUCAUUUGAUUACUGGGCUUCCGCAUUCAUUGCCAAGGGCUACAAGGUUGCCCGUGUUGACCAGGUUGAAACAGCAUUGGCCAAGGAAAUGCGUGAGUCAUCUGGAAUUGGUCCAUCAAAAAAGGAAGACAAGGUCAUUCGCCGUGAGGUGAGCUUUGUACUUACUGGUGGCACUCUUGUUGACGAAGCCAUGCUUGUUGAUGACAUGUCAACAUAUUGUAUCUCUAUAAAGCAAGACGAAACACGAUUUGCAGUAUGCUUUGUAGACACUGCCACAGGCACUUUCUACACAACCGAGUUUGAAGAUGAUGUUGAUUACACGCACUUUGAGACGCUAAUUGCUCAGACACGACCCCGCGAACUUGUUUUGGAAAAGGGUGUAAUUUCCAUGCGCGCUGUCAAGAUUCUUAAAAACAACACUUCAGUUGGGACUCUUUGGAAUUACUUAAAUCCUGGAGUGGAGUUUUGGGAUUCUGAUACUGCAUUUGAGCAAUUGGUGCGUUCCAAAUAUUUUCCUGCCAAAGAUUUGGAUGAUUUAUCUAAUUAUCCUCCUGUUCUUGAAGAAAUUUGCAAGUCUAAAGAAAAAAGGCUUUCUCUUAGUGCCUUUGGCGCAUUGAUGUGGUACCUUCGUUCGUUAAAGGUUGACGGUAGUAUUAUUUCUCUUGGAAACUUCAAUUCGUACGAAGCCAUUGAGCGCAGUAAAAAAACAAUGGUGUUGGAUGGUCAGUCUUUGCAAAACUUGGAAAUUUUUGCAAAUACAUUUGAUGGCAGCCCUAAGGGUACAUUGUUUUCACUACUCAACCGAUGCAUUACCCCAUUUGGUAAACGAGAGUUACAGCGAUGGGUGUGUCAUCCAUUGAUGCAGGCUGACAAGAUCAAUUCUCGGUUAGAUGCAGUAGAGCUGCUGAUGCAAAAUGGUGAGCUCCGUGAUUUUAUGGAAAGAAAGAUGACGCAGUUACCAGAUUUGGAGCGCUUGCUUUCCCGCGUCCAUGCAGGAAGGUUACAACCAAAGGACUUUUUCCGUGUUGUGGAGGGUUUCCAAAAUAUUGAUGGAUUGAAGGCAGGAAUCAUUGGUAACUUUGGUGAUAUUUUGGAUGAUGAUUCGUCAUCACUUGUUGGACAACUAAUUAGGUCGAUGCCUGAAAUUGAAAAAAUUCUUCCAGAAUGGUCCACGGCUGUGAAUUGGGAAGAAGCUAAAAAAAAUAAUAAGCUUGUACCUGAACGCGGGGUGGAACCUGAGUACGAUGAGUGCCUUGAAGUAAUUGCUGAAAUUGAAGGUCGCUUAAAUACCCAGCUGCGAGAGUACCGCAAGACGUACCGAAGCCAGGAAAUUUGCUAUCGAGACAGUGGUAAAGAAAUUUAUCUAAUUGAAGUCCCGAACAAGGUCAAAGGGAUUCCUAAGAGCUGGCAGCAAAUGGCUGCUACUUCGAAGGUAAAACGAUAUUGGUCGCCUGAGGUCAAGGCCAUGGCACGUGAACUGAUGGAGGCUCAGGAGACCCUGCGAUCUGUGGGGGACAAGGUACAGACACGGCUGUACGCACGUUUUGAUGAAAACUAUACCUCGUGGCUUGGUGCAGUGAAAGUUGUUGGGAGUUUGGACUGCGUGUUAAGCUUGGCAAAGAGCUCCAUGGCCCUUGGGGUGCCGAGCACGCGACCGGAAAUUAUUGAUUACAAGGAUGAGGACUCACGAACAUUUCUUGAGUUUGAGGAGCUGCGGCAUCCAUGUUUUGAUGAGACCAAAAGUGCCUUUGUACCUAAUGAUGUUGCACUUGGUGGUGAACAGGCCAAUCUUGUUUUAUUGACUGGAGCCAAUGCAGCAGGCAAGUCUACAGUUUUACGCAUGACAUGUGUUGCAGUAAUUAUGGCACAGAUUGGAUGCUACGUUCCUGCGUCCAAGGCCCGAUUGACACCGAUUGACCGGAUCAUGACGCGUCUUGGAGCCAAUGACAAUAUUUUUGCAGGCAAGAGUACAUUCUACGUUGAGCUUUCCGAGACAAAACGGAUGUUGACUGAGGCCACGCCACAGACGUUGCUUGUGCUUGAUGAGCUUGGACGUGGUGGAAGUAGUUCUGAUGGGUUUGCCAUUGCAGAGGCUGUGCUUCAUCAUUUGGCAACACAUGUUGGGAGUCUUGGGUUUUUCGCGACGCAUUACAACACACUUUGGGGGUCUGUACGAGGACACCCAGAGGUGAUGUCUAAGCAGAUGGCUAUUUUGGUGGAAGAAGCUUCACGAAAGGUUUCUUUCUUGUACAAGCUUGUUGAUGGUGUAUCUCCAGGAUCCUUUGGCAUGCAUGUUGCGACCAUGUGUGGAAUUGCUAGCGAGAUUGUUGACAAUGCUGAAGAGGCGGCCAAAAAGUAUGAGCACACGAGUCGGAUGCGUAGGUUGAUGGCACUUACUGCUGGUCCAGAUGCAGUGUUACCAUCUUCACAAUCAUCUGAAGAGGGAACCACCAGUAAUAGCAUGUCUCUUGGAGUACAAAGUGAUUUGGACUUUGAAGUUAGACGUGUUUUGGGCAAGUUUGGAGAUGAUGAUGGUAAGAGUGAGCUUAAACUUGCUAGGCUGGGGGAUAUUGCAAGCGAAGUGAGACAGCUUCAUGCACUGAAAACUUUACUUUCUAUUGCUCGAGGUCUUUGA